ACUGUGUUUGUUACACAGCCAUUUGCUGGGGCUGUGGUAAAUAGUUUAAAUACCUGACGAUUAAGAGUGGCAUAAUUCAGUUUGCUCUGAGUAGUCGGUCGAGAGAUCCACACAGUUGUGAAACGUAACGAAAGGAAGAAAAAUAUAAAAGCUUUGAAUAAAACAAAACCCGAAAAUGAGUGCUUGGGAAAAUAAUGAGGAAAUCAAAUUGUUCCGGGAAUAUUUACGCAUUCCCAGUGUCCAUCCUGAUAUUGAUUAUGAACCCUGCAUAGAAUUCCUGCAAAGACAAGCCAAUGAUUUGGGUCUUCCACUGAAAGUCUAUUAUCCUGCGGAUAAAACCAAACCCAUUGUGGUGAUAACCUGGCAGGGAACCCAACCGGAAUUACCCUCGGUGAUAUUGAAUUCUCACAUGGAUGUUGUGCCCGUCUUCGAAGAUAAAUGGACCCAUCCCCCAUUUGCCGCCGAAAUGGAUGAAGAGGGUAGAAUUUUUGCCCGUGGCUCACAGGACAUGAAAUGUGUGGGCAUGCAAUAUUUGGCUGCCAUACGUGCCUUACGAAAGAAAGGAGUGCAAAUGAAGCGUACCAUACACGUAACCUUUGUGGCAGAUGAAGAAAUCGGUGGCCACUUGGGCAUGGAGGCCUUUGUCAAAUCCGAUGACUUUAAAAAGCUCAAUGUUGGCUUCUCCUUGGAUGAGGGCGUGGCGGCCACAGAUGACAGUUAUUUGGUCUACUAUGCCGAGAGAACCAUUUGGCAAAUCCACUUCCAAAUCUCGGGCCAGGCCGGCCACGGUUCGUUGCUGUUGAAAAAUACCGUCGGUGAAAAACUCCAUUAUAUUUUAAAUAAAAUGAUGGCAUUUAGAGAACACGAAUCCCAGCGUCUGGAAAACGAUCCGUCCCUGUCGAUUGGUGAUGUUACCACAGUGAAUUUAACCACCAUCAAAGGUGGUGUCCAGAGCAAUGUGGUGCCACCGUUUAUGGAUGUCUGUUUUGACAUUCGCCUAGCCAUUACCGUCGAUCAUCAGGAAUUUGAAAAUCAGGUUCGCAAAUGGUGUGAGGAAGCUGGUGGCGACAUUGUCUUGCAUUUCGAACAAAAGGAACCCAAAGUUGAGCCCACAAAAAUCGAUGAUUCCAAUAUCUAUUGGGUGGCCUUCGAAAAGUGUUUGGUUAAGGAAUUAGGCCUAAAGAUACGCAAACAAAUCUUCCCCGGUGGCACCGAUAGCCGUCACAUACGCCACGUUGGCAUACCCUCCAUUGGUUUCUCACCCAUGAUCAAUACACCGGUGCUAUUGCACGAUCAUGAUGAAUUCUUAAAGGCUGAUACCUAUUUGCGUGGCGUGGAGAUCUAUGAAAAACUCAUACCGGCUGUGGUGAAUGCCUAAACGAUGCUGUGGCUAUUGCUGGGUGACUGUGACUUUGAUUUUGAUAUAUUCCUGCAUAACGAGAUACCUGAAAUUUUUUUCUAACGCCGCUAAAAGCUUUGUUAAAAUUAUACAACAACAAUAAUGAUAAUAAUAAUAACGACAUGAAGAAUGAAUAAAUAAAUAAGGAUUACAGACCUUGUAAAA